AUGAAGCUUCUUGUGACUUACCUUGCUCUCCUUUGGAAUCUUAAUACGCUACCAAUUCGCGCUGCCCCUAAUCCCCCAGGAAAUACCGCUAUCAUCCCCAGUUACGCUGGUCACAACCUCCUAGAACAUCGCGCCAACGGCGAAUCUUGCGAAGACCGAUGCCGCAAACGCUGCAAAGGAAGAAGAAUCAAAGACCCCACCAACUGUCGUCGCUGCAUCCCGUGUCCUCUCGGGUCGAAACCAGAUCUUCUUCACGUUAUCUGCGUCACCGACAGCGAUACCAAUGAAGAGCGGGACGCGAAGCGGAAGGGAAAAUGUCCAGGCGAUACAGUCCUCGAUCCCAAGGAAGGCCCACAGAAGCUCGACACUAACCCCGCAGAUCUCAAGUGCGCCAUCGACGACGAGAAAUGUGACAGGAAGCAGCAGUAUGCAGCAGUUACCGUCGGUCCAAAUGGAAAGGCAAAGAAAACAUGCAAGCCGACUCGCCAAUAUCAGAACAAGAAGAAGAGCAGGUGGUCGAAAAUGAAGAACAAGUUCAAGAAGAGAUGGGAGGACAAGAAAGAGGAGCGAGCCAAGCAGGACGAAGAGAGAAAAGCGAGAAAGGAUAAGAUCGAAGAAGGGAGAAAGCGGAAGGAGAAAGAGACUAACGACAAGAAGAAAAAGAAGAUCAAGUCUUUCAAGUGUGGAAUGGCCACUGCCAUGGUAGCCGGACAGCAGAUUGCGGGACUCAUCCCGACGAAGAGGGCGCUUUUGAGGAGGGAAGGAAAUGCGGAGAUUGAGAGUUAUAUGGAUAUGACUGCCUGUUACUUCGAUGCCGACUUCGUCGAGGAUGACCAGUUCCUCGAAUACUUCCCGUCAGACGUGAAUGUUGACGAUAUUGGAACCGGCGUCGACGAGAAAGCUUAUAUGGAGGCAUUCAUCCAGAGGAUGGAGCAAGCGGACUUUGACUUCUGGAAUAGCCACGACUUCUGCAAACGGAACGGGAAUGGGACACUCGAGGCCCGUUGCCAAAAGAAGAGAGAGGAUAUCACGGAGAAGGAACAUGAGUACGAAGAGAAACGUAGGAGAGCGGAGAGGGCCCUGAAGAGAGACAUUCUGAAGAACGACCUCGAGAAAAGAGACGAAACGUUGAACGCAGAAGACUUCUGUGAUAUGAGCAACCUGGCGAAGCGGGAGGCUCGCGGAGAGGAAACGGUGAAGAAAAGGAACCCGUUCGCGAUUUUCGUGGAGAUUGCGCUGUUUGCUGUCCGAAUGGGAACGUCGCUUCUGUCUCGCGUGAUUCCCCGGCUCGCAACGUUUUCGCCCCGUCUGGCUAGACUGUUGGAAAAGACUCCCAAGAAUCUGUUCAAGUUAGCACCGAAAGGACAGGCCGGGAAUGCGGGAAGUCGAGAGGCGAUGAAGCAGGCAUUUCGGAAGCUUGCAGACCACCCGGCUUUCAAGCAAUGUGUAAAGAACGGAAAGCCCUUAUAA